AGAGAAUCCGCUUCCCGGACCAUUUCCUUGGGUGCCUAUCAUAGGAAAUACUCUAGAUUUGUUUAAAUAUAAGUUAAACUUUCCAGAGUACAUCAAAGAUGUUCAAUCGAAAUAUGGGGAUUUUUGUGAAUUUCAUUUGGGUUCUAAACGAAUUUUCAUACUUUCAAAUAGUGAUGUAGCUUAUCCAAUUCAUACCUCAUCAGUAGCUCAUAGUUAUAAAUUUUUAUAUCGUGAUUUACCAAACCCUGGAUUAAAUGUAAUGGGUAUGGAAAAUAGUGGAAUUAUUUUUAAUAGAAAUUUGGAUGAAUGGAAAAUUAAUCGCGAGUUCUUUAUAAGAAUAGCAAUGUCAAAAAAAUUUUUAAAAAUGCUUACAGGAAAAACAUAUGAAACGACUGCGGAUAUGUUUAAAUUAUGGGAUAUUAUGAUAAAUGAUAAGAAAGAAGUUGAUUUGUUUAUAUGGCUAGAAAAACUUGCUGGGGAUAUAGCAAUCUCAACAUCAACUGGACUGUCUGCUUACUCAAUGCUUACUUACUUUAAUUCGCUAGGAUAUGAAUAUGAUCUUAAUUAUAUUCCAGAUUCAGAACUGGAACAAUCUUCAAAAUUGAUUUAUCUUAUUGAUUCCGUUUUUAAAGCAAUGCAAUGGUUCAGUUUUAUCCCACCUUUUAUAAGAAAUGCUCCUGGAAUAAACUACUUUGACAACAAGAUUCUUAAUAAAGUAAAAAACUUGAAAGUCUUUUUACUUGAAAUAAUUCAAAGAAGACGCACAGAAAUCGACUUAUUAUCCAACGAUUCUUUACUGCCAUCUGACUUUUUAACAUUGCUCCUUACCGUCAACACACCACGGGAUCUAGAACAUAAUUUAUAUAAGUCAUUAAGCCGAUCAUUGAAUGAUCAUGAAAUUUUUGGUGUUAUUAGAGACAUUUUCUUGGGUUCCAUCGAAACGGUUGCAUUUUCAAUGUGUUCAGUAUUUUACUAUAUAUGCAAAUAUCCUUCCGUUCAAUCUAAAGCAUUUUCGGAGAUCAACGAUGUUUUCGGGGAUUCAAUAUCUUUAAAUUCCCUUUACGAAGGUAUCGAGAAGCUAUUAUAUUGUGAUGCCUUAAUUAAAGAAGCGCUUCGUUUAAUCCCGGCAUUUCCGCUAUCGUCACGAUCGAAUUCUGAAUCUGUAGAAGUUGGUGGAUAUCAAUGGAAAGAGAGUCAAACAUUUUUAUUAAAUUGCCAGAAAAUAAACAUCAACAAAUGUGAUUGGAUUGAUGGUGAAAUUUUUGAUCCUGAAAGGUUUUUGAAGAAUGUGAAUAGUAAACGAUCAAUGAAUGCUAAAGAAAUUAACAGCAAAAGGGC